GUGUCCCUCAAAAUCUCUGUGAAAUCAAAGAAAGCAGAAUGGGAGGACUAAAGAGAAGAAUUUCGAUUGAGAAGAUUCAGAAGAAAGAGUCACGAGCCGUUUGUUUCUCCAAACGUCGUACCGGUCUUUACAGUAAAGCCGCGGAGCUAUUAUGUCUUCUCUCCUCCGAUUCACAGGUUGCGAUCUUGACGACUCCUUGUUCUUCCAACUCUCACGUCUCCUUCUACUCCUUCGGCCAUUCCUCUGUUGAUUCUGUUGUUUCCGCUUUCCUCAAGGAUCAGGGUCUUGUUCGUAAAGAGAAUCUAGGGUUAGAGUUAUGGUGGAAGACGAGAGUCUUGCUAAAUCGGAGGAUUCGGAGGAGUUGAGAAAAGCGAUUGAGUCGAUGUCUACGAUGUUGAGAGAUCUGAAGGAAUUGGAAUCUGUGAAUAAUUAUCGAAGAGAUCAUCAAGAGGACGUCAAGAUUAACAACGACAUCAAGAUUAAGAAUCUUGUUUCACACGAAACCCUAAAUCUUCAGUUAAGUUCUGCAACUUUUGGCGUUCCUGAUGAUGAUCGUCUCAAAGAAGAAACGGAGAUGGUUGUAUUCGAUGAUCAGAUCUUGGCGAUUUUUGAGAGUAACGACAAACCUACAGGAAACUUGGAAGAUCAAGAGAUAGAUCUUGAUCAAUUCCUAGAUUUUGAUCAACUCAUAGAUUUCGAGGGUUUGAUCGAUGGCGAUUACUAGAGCACUCAAGAGUAUCCAGAGCCUGCUGAGACUCGUCUUUUGAUGAAUUCGAAGAUGGAAGAUGUCUCGAUGGUGAUGAAAAAUCCAAAUCUGUGGUCUGAUUCACAGAGGUUUAGAUGAAAGAUGAUCCUUUUCAAUGAGUUACCACACCAUUGAUGCAGUUUGAAGAUAGCUCAGCAACUAAUUUUCUUAUAUGCUUUUGUAUGUAUUAGUAUUAUAUCAAUAUGUAACUCUGUC